AUGGCUUCGCGGCUGCUGGACCAGUCGCUCGCGGACGUGCGCCGCCAGCGGCAGUCGUCGGGCGCGCGCACGGCGCCGAAAGAGCGUGCCGCGAGCGAUCAAGACACAUGGAAGCACGACAAGUUUGAGGGCCGACGUGCACGUCCAUCGCGCAACGCGCCGCACGGCGAGCAGGAUGUGAUCGCGACGCGCGUCGCCAUCGAGGGGCUGCAUUACGAGGUCUCGGAAGCAGAGCUCAAGGACCUCUUUUCCCAGAUCGGACCGAUCGCCCAAGGACCCACCAUCACGUUUGACGCAUCCGGCCGCUCGACGGGGAAUGCAUCCGUGUGGUACGCGUCAGAGGCGGAUGCACAGACGGCCGUCGUCGAGUUUGACGGCGCCAAGGCAAAGGGAGAGCCGAUCCAGGUCAAGGUCCUCGGCACGAGCCGCAUCGCCCGCGGCGGACGCGCUGCGCGGGGACGGGGUGCGCGCACGCCUUCGCUCAUGGACCGCAUGCAAGGUGCGCCGGCAAGCCGUGGCCACGCGCGCCCGGAAAAGCGCCGUGGGGCGCAACGCAAAGAGCGCCGGAGCCCUGCUUCGGCUGCAAGCCUCGACGCAGAGCUCGACGCGUUUAUGAACGCGCCGCCCGAGACCGACAAUGGGGAAGCCGCGAUGGAGGAUUAA